CUCUUUUUUCAUUAAGCAAUAUGCGCUAACCUGCGGAGGCUAAUAUGCAUGUGGUUGCUCUUCUCGGUGUGUGAAACUAUUAACUAACGUGCAGCCGCGGAAGGCGUUUGAGUUAUGGAGGAGCACAGAACAGGACUCUGAACUUUUGUCGUCGUCGGAAAUGUUUUCUAACUUUUAUUUUUCAUUGUUUAUUUUUUGAUUACUGUUCUCUUUUGAUGUUCUUCUGAUAAUCAAAUAAAACCUACUUGGCGUAAAAACUACUUGGCAUAAGUUUACUUGGGCAAGUAGCUUGCAAGUGUAAACGCGUUUACUUUGUUCGGGUCUUGACGUUUUUAGAUUAACUUCGUCUAAAGCUGGAUUCAUAACAAUGUAAUAGCCUACAUUGUUGAAACACACUUGCACUGGAUUGUAUUUUUCAACACGUUUUUUAUUUUGGGAAACCUUAUUCCCGUGAAGAUUUGUUAUUGUCAGAUCCCCAAGAACGUGCUUUUAAUCUUCAAUGCUUCACGUCAUUGUUCUGCCUGGAGCAGACAUGAUCCCUGGAACCGAGGAAUGAGUAGCCGCGAGCGUUCGGGCGGUGACCACUAUCACUUUUAGGAUUUAAUAACUGGGUGGAAUUAUCAGAAGUACCUCAAAAUGGAUAUUACUGUGUCCGAGUUGAUGGGAAACUUCAUGGAUACCCCGCUGGUUGUGUGGGUGAAGACAUUUGGACCCUUGGGUUCUGGCCCAGAGGACAAGCUGUCCAUGUUCAUGGAUCUGGUGGAUGGGGUCUUCCUCCACAAGAUUAUGACACACAUAGACCCAAGCCCCACCAACCAGCGGGUAAAUAAAAAUGUCAACAAUGAUGUUAACCUACGAAUCCAGAACCUCAACAUUGUUAUCCGGCACAUCAAGAACUACUACCAGGAGCAUCUCCAGCAGCUGAUCCUGAUGACCCUGCCCAAUGUGCUGACCAUUGCUAAGGACCCCUUGUCAGUGAAGGGCAUGGACGAGAUGAAAAGGCUGCUGCUUCUAAUCCUGGGUUGUGCUGUACAGUGUGAGAGGAAAGAAGAGAUCAUUGAGAAGAUCAAACUGCUUGACAUUGAGAAGCAGGCAGCCAUUGUCUCUCACAUUCAGGAGGUGACCCAUAACCAGGAGAACGUGUUGGACAUGCAAUGGCUGGAGCUGCCAGACGUGGCCGCUGAGGAGCUGGACCUCCUAUCCCGGAACAUGGCUCUGCACCUCCGCAAAAUCAUAGAUGAACGAGAUGAAAGUGCAGAGGUGAUCGUGGAGCUGACCCAGGAAAGGGACUACCUCCAGUCCCAGCAGCCCUCCAACCACCUGGGUUUCCCCAGUCCUGAGAGGACUAACCUGGGCUUGGGCGGACCUGUCUCCCUGCUGUCCAAAGAGGACCGACAGCACCUGGCUGUGGAGCUGGCCGACACUAAAGCCAAGCUGAGACGUUCGAGACAGGAACUCGAGGAGAAGACUGAGCAGCUGAUGGACACCAAGCACGAGUUGGAGAGACUCGAUCUGGAGAUGCAGAAACUCAAGCAAGAGAACCAGCAGCUGCUCGCCGAGGCGCGGUCAGUGCGUGCCUAUAGGGACGAGGUGGACGCUCUGCGAGAGAAGGCAGCCAAGGUGGACAGGCUGGACACGGAGCUGUCACGCUGCAAGGAGAGGCUAAACGACGUGCACUUCUACAAGUCACGGGUCGAGGAGCUGAGGGAGGACAACGUGACCCUGAUGGAGACCAAAGCGAUGCUGGAGGAGCAGCUGAGGGCCGCCAGGGGGCGCUGUGACAAGCUCCACGAGCUGGAGAAGGAGAACCUGCAGCUGCGCUCCAAACUUCACGACAUGGAGAUGGACCGGGACACGGAUAAGAAGCGUCUGGAAGAGCUGGUGGAGGAGAACAUGCUGCUGGAAAUCUCUCAGAAACAGAGCAUGAAUGAAUCUGCCCACCUGGGCUGGGAGUUGGAGCAACUGGCCAAGAACAACGAAAACAACGAUACGCACAAAUCAUUCGUUUUUGAACUGAACGAGUCCACGUCAAGCCGGUUGCUGAAGCUGGAGAAGGAGAACCAGAGUCUGCAGAGCACGAUCCAGGAACUCAGACAGGCUUCCCUUAGUCUGGAGGAGGGCCAGCUACACACCCUGGAGCUGGAGAGAGAGAACCAGGGCCUCAGCAAAAAGCUGGAGCGUCUGCAGACCCUGCUGGACCAGGAGAAGCAGACCACCCAGGACAUGGAGGGCCUCGGGGAAGACCUGCUCAGGGACAAGCAGAAACUGCAGAAGGCCUUGGAGACUGUGCAGGCAGAGAAGGAAAGACAGAUCUCCGAGUUGGAGAAGGAAAAGGAGCACCUGAGCCAGGCGGUGGGCUCCCUGCGCCAAAGAGCCCAGGCAGACAGUGAGGCCCGGGUCAGGGAGGUGGAAAAGGAGAACCGCGUCCUCCACCAGACCAUCACCGACACCGGUUCCAAGGUGGCCCGGCUAGAGGCCCAGGGCAGGCAGGCUUCCAAAGAGCUGGAGACACUGAGGGAGAGGGGAGAACGCUGUGAGGAGCUGGAGAGGGAGAUGGCUCGCCUGGAGAGGAGCAGGGAACAGCUUCAGAGGGAGGUGGCAUCUCUGAAGAUCACGUGCGACCGUGCCGAAACCCUGGAGCGAGAAAACGCCACCCUGGAGCAGGACAACAGGAGGCUGAAGAAGCAGGUGGACGCAGCCCAGAACCUCAGCCUGCGCCUGGCCACCCUGGAGAAGGACCACAGUCUCCUUGACCUGGAGAACCUGGAGCUCCGCCGCACCGUGGAGUCCCUCCGGCCGGCUGCCGUGCGCUUGGCCCAGCUCCAGCAGGAGAACGGGGAGCUGGAGAAGGAAAGGGAGGAGCUGGCCCGGUCCGUGGAGGAGCUAAGGAGCCAGGCGAAGAGGGCGGAGCGCCUGGAGUUAAGCGUCAGCAGCUUGGGUCAGGAGAACCAAAGGCUCCAGCAGAGCCUGGACAACACCUCCACCAAGAUCCAGGGGCUGGAAAAGGAGCUGAGGCAGUCCGAGGCAGAGACAGGAGGGCUGAAACGAGAGCUGGAGGAGGUGCGGCUGGCGGGGAAACGCCUGGAGGCGGUGGAGAAGGAGAAGAGGGGGGUUGAGCAGGAGCUGGGCCAGUCAGAGAAGGAGAGGAAGCAGCUUGAGAAGGAGGCACGGAGGCUGUGGCAGCAGCUGGAGGUGAAGGAGAGGGUGCUGGAGGAGAGCUCUCUAAGGCUGGCCUCCCUGGAGAAGGAGGGCUUCGCUAAGGAGAAGGAGCUGGAGAGGUUGAGGGAGGUGACUGGGAAGGUCAAAGAGCUGGAGAGGGAGAACAAGGAGCUGCAGAAGCAGGCUACCAUUGACAAGAGGACCUUGGCAACACUCCGAGAGGACCUGGUGAACGAGAAGCUGAAGGUGCAGCAACAGUGGAAUGAGUUGGAGACACUGAACCAUGAGCUGGAGAAGAUCGGUCUUAACAAAGAGAAAUUACUGCAGGAGGAGCACAACUGUGAUGACAAUAAGUACAAGAUAUUGGAGAGUAAGAUCGAGUCAACUCUGAAGAAGACACUGGCGAUCCGGGAGGAAAAGAUUCAGGGCCUGGAGUCUCGUCUGGAAGAGUCCAGCAGUCUCAACCAGCAGCUACGCACCGAACUCAGCACCGUGAAGAAGACUCUGGAAGCUCUGAGGCAGAGGCAGGAGGAGGAGGAGGCUCACACCCAGAGCUCCCCUCAGAAGACGGCAGGUCCGGGCCAUGAGAAGGAGAAAUGGGAGACUGAGACCAGAGAGGCCACGGCAGAGCUCCUGAAACUCAAGGACCGCCUCAUCGACAUAGAGAAGAAUAAUGCCACGCUGCAGACGGAGAAGCACCUACUGAAGGAGCAGCUGAGGCAGCUGGACAACCAGAACAGUCAGCUGAAUGCCCAGAACGUGGCCCUACAGAGGCAGUCCUCAGGCCUGCAGGAGCACAACACGGCGCUUCACACGCAGACUGCCAAGCUACAGGUGGAGAACUCCGCCCUCAAUUCUCAGAGCGCCUCCCUCAUGGCCCAGAACGCCGUUCUGCAGGGCCAGGUGGGGGCACUGGAGAGCGAGUCGGAGGCGUGGCAGAGGCAGCGUGAGGAGGCGCGGCUGGGCCGGGAGAGUGUCCUUCAGGACCACGAGCGCCUGCUGAGCGUGCACGAGAGGCAGGCGGCGGAGUACGAGCAGCUGAUUUCCCAACACGCCACCCUGAAGAGCAGCCAGAGGGCUCUGGAGCAAGAACACCGGGCACUGGAAAACAAGUACCUAGUGCUGCUGAAGCAGAAAGAUGCCACUGAGGUUCUUGAGUCCACCCUUCAGAAGGAGAGGGAGAGUCUGGGAGAGGAGAUCCACAAAAAUGCCCUGAUCCGGGGAGAGAACCAGAGUUUGAAGGGAGAGGUGGAAAGGCUGAACCAGACCCACACCCAGCUACGUGGGGAGUACGACGGGCUGCAGGCGCAGACCAAAGAGCUGAAGGCCAGCCUCAACGGAGCCCAGCUGGAGGUGAAUCGCUGGCAAGCCAGAUACGACUCCCUGAAAGAGCGCCACCAGUGCCUGGACAUCUCCAUGGCCAAGCUGGACAACCACUGUGAGCUUCUGACACGUCUGAAGGGGAACCUAGAGGAGGAGAACCAUCACCUCCUCAGUCAGAUCCAGAUGUUGAGUCAGCAGAACCAGACACUGCUGGAGAGAACCAUGGAGAGCAAGGAGCUCUACCACGAAGAGCAGAAACAGUACAUUGAUAAGUUAAACUCACUCCGGAGGCAGAAGGAAAAACUGGAAGAGAAGAUCAUGGAUCAGUACAAGUUUUAUGAUCCCUCCCCUAAAAAGAGGACCCAGUGGGCUGGGGCCAAGGCUCUCGUCAAACUCAUCAAGCCGAAGAGCAGGCAGGACAACUCCAGGGAGAGGGCCCGGAGCGUCCCGGACAUCCCCCUGCCCCAAACUCCCACCCUGGACUUCCCUGAUGUACCUCCUCCCCUGUCACCCCCUCCACUGCCCCCUCGCCAGACCCACCUCAGCCUGGACUCGGCGGGGAGCCGUUCAUUUGAGGAGAGCCACAUGGGACAAGUACUCUCCCCUACCCUCACCCCCAACCCCUCUAGCAGAGCUCUAAAUGACAGCGGAGUGUCUCGAGGCAGGGAGAUGUACCGAACACCAGGGGGCAGCAGUGAGAGUGUGAACGGCACUGAGGAGCAUCACGCCAGAAGGAGAGGCGUGGUGCUUGGUGGGGCCGCUGCUCACUCCACCCCCGUCAACCACACCCCCACCUCAGGCCUGACACCCAACUCCAGCUCCAGGUCUGGACACAGGCCCAGAGGUUUCAUCUACGAGGAGGACUCCAGGGUUCACUCGCCUGACACCCUGUUUGGGAGCGGUGUCCAUGGAAACGCUGGCUAUCGGCCAGGCUCUGCUGACCUCAGCCGCAACACGUCCAGCAGCAAUUCCCCUGUCAACUGCAAAGAUUCCCUGGAACGGCAGCAGGUCCGUUCCGCCAGCCUGUCCAGCGACGACGUUGCGGGCCUUAGUCACGACACGUCCCUCCCUCGGAGCGCCACGGUCCCGUAUGACACGCCGGUCCAGAAGAGCGCUCAAUCCCUCGCGCCUCGCCCGAGUCGACACCGGUCCUCCUCCCCUGGCAGUGAGAUGGUAACCCUGGAAGAGUUCCUCGAGGAAAGCAACACCCUCUCACCGCCGACCGUGCAGACGGACAGUCGGGAGGACCUAAUGGCGGAUUACUUCAACCGAACAGGGGAGAGGGAGCGAUCAGCCCCAGGUCGGCCGUCUCCUCUGAGAGAUGGGGCCAAGACCCCCACCAGCUACGUCACGCCCACAGUGAAGAGAGACGCGGACCUCCACCGGUCCGGCGAUGGGCCCGGCAGGACUUCCAAACCGGGCCAGAGUGUCAAGCCAUGCGUCCGGCUCCCAGAGGGAUCCACCUCCACGCCCCUAUCCCACUCCCAGACCCUACCCAACAGGGCCAGCAACGGGUCAGGGGUGGGCACGGGCAUGGGGGUACGGCCCUCACCCCUGGGACCGCCUGGGACGCGCUCCGGAGGUCAGGGCAGCAGCGCCAGCCUGUCUCGGACCUUCAGCCUGGCCUCCGCCGACCUGCUGCGCUCCAACGGUCCGGACGGCUACCGGACGGAGAGGGAGGCAGGAGGGAGGCCCGGCCUGGGCGGAGGCGAUGAGGGGGUGGUCAGGAGGCCAGGGGCUGGAGGCACAACCAGGGAGCGUCCUCAGUCCGCCAGGCUAGCGGGACCGUCGGACCUGGACCCUCGUAGGCUACCUCUGGCUCCGCCCAAAGAGGAGGCACCUAGCCUGGCCCCUCCCCAGCACCACUCCUCCUCCCUGUCCCUGCAGCCGGAGCGCUACGGGGUGAGGGCUCCCACUCACAGGAACAGCCCCGGCACCGGAGCGCCUCAGGUUCGGCCCGCCCACCCGCAGAACCAGAAGAACCACCGCGGGGAGGUGGCCAUGGUGACGCCGGUCAGGGCGAUGCCGGCUUUGAGGCCAGAGGAGGCGCAGGAGGAGAUGCAGCGAAGAGAGGCGAGACUCCAGGCCGACUCCCCGAUGCUGAAGAAACCAGAGGCGGAAGGAGGUGUCGGAGAUCUAGGCUGCACCGAGGAGCACCCGAAGAGCACCCCCGCCUCUCCGGACCCCAACAACGACCCCCAGACAGUGUGGUAUGAGUAUGGAUGUGUCUAGAGCAGCGGGCGCAGGCCUGGUCCUCACACUAUGGCACAGUCCCUUUCCCUUUCAAACCUCCUAUCCGCUUUAAGGCUUUAUGAAGGAAAUGCUGCCCCACACGGACCUCCUCAACCAGCACACAGACACAGGUUGAUUGGAUUUGGUGAGCAAGGCGCGCCAGCACCGCAGUUCCUUCAGCAUUUACGGGAACGCUUUGAGGAAGACAAAAGGCACAAAAGAGCAACAAAAAAAAAAAUCCAGGGGGACUCCACUAAUUCCUGUAUGUUUAUUUUUUUUGGGCGCGCUGUACUCAAGGGAAAGUUGGUCUGGACCUGGCAAAGAGAUCUGUUCUGAAUCGGGAAAAACAAACAUUUUAGAGAAGUA